AUGUAUGCGUUAUUAGGUCGAUCACCUUCCCUUAUUUCAAAAACCAUCCGAUUGAGUAGAAUAUUCAGCACAAGUUGUAAACUGACCUCCAAUGUGUACUAUACCAAAAAACACGAGUGGAUCAAGGUCAGUGGUGAUGUUGGGAUUGUAGGAAUUUCUAAAUAUGCUGAACAGAAACUGGGUGAUAUAGUGUACGUUGAGUUACCUACUAUUGGAGACAAGAUCAAUGUUAAUGACCAAUGUGCCGUUGUCGAAUCAGUCAAAGCUGUUAGCGAAGUAUACUCUCCAGUGUCAGGUACCAUAAUUGAAGUCAAUCCAGAUGUUGAAAAAAAUACAAAAAUAAUCAAUCAGUCCCCUUUAGAUGAAGGCUGGCUUUUCAAGCUUCGACUUUCAGACUUAUCACAAAUCAAGGACCUUUUAUCUGAAGAAAAUUAUGAUGAAUUUUUGACCUCUGAAUCUUGA